UUUCGCAAUUUAAUGGAAAAGUUCAAUGAGCUUCUUUUUGGUGUUUACUACCUCCGUGAUUUUGUUCCUUUGAACCUCUUCAUGUUGGACAAUCGAAGGGUUAAUGAAGUGCUGGCAAGGAUGAUUAAGGACAUGAAAGAUUUUGUCACAGACUAUUUCAGGACGAAGAAUCAGGUGGAGAAUCGAAAGCUCUGCGAUGAAUUUGAAGAAAUAUCCCUGCAUGCCGGUGGUAGACCCAAGGAAACUCCUGAAGUUGUUGCCUUGCAGAAUUACCUCAAUCAAUGCCGAGAUGAGAGGCUUUUUGUUCUAAAAUCUGAGAUAAAAUUGGUGGCUGAGAGGGUGAUGUUUCUCCUGCAUUAUGCGACCCUUGAUGCUGAUGAUAUUCAUCUCAAUUCCCGUACAUUCCUCUGGCCAUCGGAGCUUGAGCAAGUUCUGGAUCUCAGUGCUGCACGAUUGAGUGUUGUGCGGGAUAAUUUGGAGUAUGCUCUGAGGGAGAGGAAGGUUCAAUUUGACGGGUAUCUUCUGACGGAGAAGAAAAAAAUGGAUGCAUUCAGGAUGAAGGAGAUCCGGGACGUUCUAACGUUGGAUGAGCUCAAAGAAAAAGUUGACACAGUCGAUGGACUCAUGAGUAUCCUCCAGAAAUGCAAUGAGGAAGCCACAGCAAUCAAUGUUGAUGAAAAUCUUCUGCAAAUUGAGCAAUCUUCAUUCCCAGUUCUUGUGGAGCUUAUGGAGAAAAUGGAUCCCAUUGAAAAACUCUGGCACACAGCCUAUCAGUUUGAUUCGUGCUACGAAGGAUGGUACUAUGGUCCCUUUCAGAAUCUCGACGCUGAGAAAAUUCGCGAAGAAGUUGAAAGCAUGGGGAAGGUGAUCUACAAGCUCUCUAAAGCUCUCGUGACAAAUCCCCAAGCAAAGAGAAUUGCCGAACAAGUACGGAUGAAGAUUGAUAAAUUUAAAAUCUACCUGCCAGUCCUUGAAGCAAUCUGCCGACAAGGACUCUCGGAGAGACAUUGGAAUCUCAUUUCAGAAGAACUCGGUCAAGAGGUCACACCGGACAAGUAUUCCACCCUUGCUUCCCUCGUUGAGAUCGAUAUAAUGCGAAUUGUUGAUCGUUUGGAACAAAUCUCAAAUGCAGCCGGGAAGGAGUUUGAAUUGAACAAUCAACUCCUUCAGAUGCAAUCAGAAUGGACGGAUGUGGAGUUUGAGAUUAAUCCCUACCGUGAUUCAGAUACGCAUAUCCUGGCAUCUGUGGAUGAUAUUCAAACUCUCCUAGAUGAUCAUAUUCUGAAAGCUCAAGCUAUGCGAGGAUCACCGUAUAUUGCAGCUUUGGGUGAAAAAGCCACAAAUUGGGAAGAUAAAUUGAUUUCAAUGCAAGACAUCUUGGAUAUUUGGCUCAAAGUCCAAUCUACGUGGAUGUACCUGGAGCCAAUAUUCAAUUCAGAAGAUAUAAUGAGACAAAUGCCACAAGAGGGGAGGAAUUUCAAGGCAGUUGAUCGCAUCCUGCGGAAGAUCAUGAAACACACGGAAGCCGAGAGGAGAGUCAUUCAGGCAACUGACUAUCCCAAAAUGCUGGAAAUCCUUCAGAAGGCUUUUGUUGAUCUCGAGGGCAUCCAGAAGGGAUUGAAUAUGUAUCUGGAGAAGAAGAGACAAUACUUCUCACGAUUCUAUUUUCUCUCUAAUGAUGAACUCCUGGAAAUUCUUUCGGAGACAAAGGAUCCUCUGAGAGUUCAGCCGCAUCUCAAGAAAUGUUUCGAUGGUAUCCAUUCGCUGCAGUUCGAUCAGAGUAUGGAGAUCAUGGCUAUGAUAUCGAUAGAAGGUGAAAUUGUGCCCCUAACAAAAAGGAUCAAUCCAGCUUCGGCUAAUGGCCUAGUUGAGAAAUGGCUCAAGGAAGUUCAACAGGUAAUGUUUGAAAGUAUAGAAGAACAGCUAAGGUCAGCCUAUGAUAUCUACUACGUUACUCCCCGGAAGACGUGGUGUAUGAAAUGGGCAGGACAGAUUGUUCACACAAUCUCCUGCCUCACGUGGACGAGUGAUGUUGAAGAAGCCAUCACAAAGGGAACACUCUCCACCUACUACGAAGCUUCAGGUAAGCAACUUGAAGAGAAUGUGAAGCUUAUCCGUGGAGGUACACUGACUGAUUCCCAGAGAAUCACAAUGGAAUCCCUGGUGGUGCUGGAUGUUCACAAGAAAGACGUUGUGAAGAAGCUUAUUGAGUCUCGCGUGAGUGAAAUUGGGGAUUUUGAGUGGUUUUCUCAGCUCCGUUAUUCCUGGAAGGUUGAUGAUGUAGAAAAGCAAGAAUUCGUUUGCAUCUCCAUGAUUUCAACAGAUAUCCCGUAUGGCAUGGAAUAUUUGGGUAGUGUUUCCCGCCUUAUAGUUACCCCCUUGACAACACGAUGCUUCCGGACUCUCAUGGGAGCACUCAAAUUAAAUUUAGGAGGAGCUCCCGAAGGUCCAGCAGGGAGUGGGAAGACAGAAACUUGCAAGGAUUUGGCUAAAGCUGUGGCCAAGAAAUGCGUCGUGUUCAACUGCUCAGACGGAUUGGACUACAAGGCUCUAGGGAAAUUCUUCAAGGGUAUAGCUCAGUCAGGAGCUUGGGCGUGUUUUGAUGAAUUCAACCGGAUUGAACUGGAAGUCCUCUCUGUUGUGGCUCAACAGAUCCUCCUUAUUCAGAGAGCUAUAGGUAAGAAGGCCCUGAAAUUCACCUUCGAAGAUGCAAGCCUUAAGCUCGAUCCUACGUGCACUAUCUUUAUCACAAUGAACCUAGAUCAGCAGACAAGGAGCAGAAUUCCGGAUAAUUUGAAAGUUCUCUUCCGCACUGUGGCCAUGAUGAUGCCUGAUAGAGGUCUAAUUGCCGAGAUUACUCUCUAUUCUUGCGGCUUUGAGCACUCUCGGAGCCUUGCCCAGAAGAUUGUUCAAGUUUUCUGGCUCUGCUCUGAACAGUUAUCAACUCAAUGUCACUAUGAUUAUGGAAUGAGAGCAAUUAAGUCUGUUCUUCUCAUGUCACGAUCACUGAAGAAGAUUCAUCCGGAAUACUCUGAGCAACAGGUUGUUCUCCGUGCGAUCGUUGAUGUUAAUCUCCCGAAAUUCACCCCAGACGAUAUAAUUCUCUUCGAAGACAUUUGCAAAGAUCUCUUCCCGAAUGUUAAACUUCCAACAAGAGAUCGCGAAGAUGUUAAUAAAUGGCUGGAGGUCAAGGCGAAAGAAAGGAACAUCCAGCUCACACCGUGGUUUAAGGAAACAAUCCUGCAAAUUUACGAAACCCUCCUUGUUCGUCAUGGUCUUGUGGUUGUUGGUGAACCCAUGGCAGGGAAAACAACAGCUUAUCAGCUGCUAGCUAGUGCCCUGCGAGAAAUUCAGCGUGAUCCUGAUGCAAAGAGCCCAGAAUUCGGAGUCAAUUCUCGCAUCAUCAACCCAAAAGCUAUAUCAAUGGGGCAGCUUUAUGGGCAUUUUGAUCCUGUAUCUCAUGAAUGGGUUGACGGAGUUCUGGCUAAGACUUUCAGAGACAUGGCCUAUUCCUCUGUCAAUGAACGACAGUGGAUUAUAUUUGAUGGUCCAGUUGAUCCUAUUUGGAUUGAAAAUUUGAAUACUGUCCUUGAUGAUAACAGGAAACUUUGCUUGAUGUCUGGUGAAAUUAUCUACAUGUCGCGUCAAAUGAAUCUCAUCUUUGAACCAGAUAAUCUUGAUCAGGCAUCACCAGCCACGGUGUCGCGUUGUGGAAUGAUCUACAUGGAAUCCUGUCAACUUGGCUGGGAUUCCCUUCACAAUUCCUUCAUUCGAGAACUUCAGGAGAAAGGAACAACGGACAUUUACGUAUCCUUGUAUGAUGCUCUCGUGACCUGGUUGAUUCCACCUCUUCUGGAAAUCCUCAGCACAUGUGAAACUAUCCUCUCAGUGUCAUCCUUCUACAGAUACCGCAUGCUAUCUACCUUCUUCAUGGCAUUCCUUUCGAAGCAAACAAACCUGAAUCAGACAUGGUUUCAACAAACAUUCCUCUACUGUUUAGUCUGGAGUUACUGCUCUACCCUAACUCCUGAUAGCAGGAAGGUUGUGGAUUCUGCUCUGAGGAAGAUUCUCUACGGCACAAAUGAUAACUAUCCAAAACCAAAACUCUUCACUCUCAAUCGGGGACAGAUUUUUCCGGAAAAGAUGACUUUCCUCGAUUAUCGUUUCGACGGAACUGAAUCCUGGUGGCCAUGGGCUAAAUCCGAGGAUUCAGCCCUUGUUUCGGAUCUGUCUUUGUCGGAAAUUAUAGUGCCCACCAAGGAAUCUGGUUACAUUCAGAAUUGGCUAGAGCUAUGUGUAGAAAUUAGGCUCCCUAUACUCCUAGUUGGACCUUCAGGAACAGGCAAAAGUGCCAUUGUUAAUGCCUUUAUGAGGGAAUUGCCGAAAAAUAAAUUCCUAAUCAACAAUAUAAAUUUAUCAGCUCGGACAACUGCUCAGCAAGUUCAGGAGCUGGUGAUGGCAAAGCUAGAUCGCCGCCGGAAGGGUGUUUUUGGUCCACCAGUUGGUAAGCAAUGCCUUGUCUUUGUAGACGACAUGGCAAUGCCAAUGCGGGAUAAGUAUGGCUCACAACCUGCUCUAGAACUCAUUCGUCAAUGGUUGGAUCACAAACACUGGUCUGAUUUUGAGGACACUUCCAAGCUGGAAUUAAUAGAUCUUCUUUGCAUCGGUGCAAUGGGAUUGGUUGGAGGUAGCAAUUAUAUCUUUGAGAGGCUCUACCGGCACAUGUUUAUCGUGUCUGUUGAUGCCCUGGAAGUGCCGACGAUGCAGAGGAUCUUUCAUGCACUUGGUGAAUGGCAUUUCUCCAAGGACUAUCCGGAAACUCUGACGCGACUCUCAAAAGCCCUAAGUGUAGCAGCUAUUGAGCUAUUUUCAGUUGUCCGGGAAACUUUCCUGCCAACUCCUGCAAAAUCUCACUACAUGUUCUCCCUGCAGGAUGUCUCAAAAGUUUAUCAGGGGAUGGUUCUAGUACCGGCUAAAAGACUUCAAGAUCCGGAGAAAUUGAUUAGAUUGUGGGCACAUGAGACUUAUAGGAUUUUCUACGAUCGCCUAAUUGAUGAAGAUGAUCGGAAUAGGCUGUUUAAUAUUCUGCAUACAACGUGCACUUCGAAACUGCGCAUGAGUCUCUCGCAGGCUCUUGGGGAUCGCAUCUCUGCCACUGAGAGACUCUCAGACAGCCAUAUGAGAGAUCUUAUUUAUGGGAAUUACAUGGAACCCGAUGCAGAUCCCAAAAUUUACGAUGAAGUAGAGAAUUUGGGGAAGUUGGAGAAAGUCAUGGGAUACUACCUAAAUCAGUACAACAGCAAUUCCACUAGCCCAAUGGAUCUCGUCCUUUUCCGCUUCGCUAUUGAACACAUUUCCCGUGUAGCUAGAGUUUUGCAAAUGCCUCAAGGGAAUGUCCUACUGGUGGGACUUGGAGGAUCAGGAAGGAGGAGUGCAGUAAAACUUGCUGCCAGUAUGAUGGAUGCUGAUCUGUUUCAAGUUGAAGUCACUAAAUCCUAUUCAUACAAUGACUGGAGGGAAGAUAUGAAGAAGCUUCUCCUAAAUACAGGGGUUGAAUACAAGAAGACAGUUUUCCUCUUUAGUGAUUCCCAAGCAAAGGAGGAAGCCUUUGUUGAGGACAUCAAUUCCCUCCUCUAUACAGCUGAUAUUAACAAUCUCUUCCAGGGUGAUGAGAAAACGGUUAUUCUGGAUAAGAUGCAGAACGAAGCGAAGUUGUUGAAUAAGGUCAUAGACUCUACGCCACUAGCUCUCUACACAUUCUUCACUGAGCGCGUCAGGGAGAAGCUACAUUUAUGCAUUUCCUUAUCCCCAAUCGGUGAUUCCUUAAAGAGAAGAAUAAGGACUUACCCAUCAUUGAUAAAUUGCUGCACAAUUGAUUGGUUUACAGAAUGGCCAACGGAUGCUCUGGUGAAGGUUGCUGAAACCUACAUAAGUUCCAUGGAGCUCUCAUUAAAAUCCGGUGGAGAUGAGACACUGAAUAUCCCAGAACUUGAAGCCAAAUUGGUGGAGAUGAUUAUACAUUUCAACAAUUCAGUAAAGAAGGAAUUUGAAAAGUUCUUCGUAAAACUGAAGCGUAAGAACUACGUUACUCCAACUCUCUAUCUGGAGAUGCUGCAUCUCUUCAAGACCUUCCAUGCGCUGAAAUUCGAAGAGAUAACUGUCCAGAGGGAUCGGUAUGUGAUUGGGUUGGAGAAGCUAGACAAUGCAGCAGCCCAGGUUGGAGUAAUGCAGACAAACUUGUUCGAGUUGCAGCCACAGCUGAAGAUCCUGUCGGAAGAAACGGAGAAGAUCAUGGUUAACAUUGAGCGGGAAACAGCAGAGGCUGAGAAGAAGAAGGAAGUGGUUGGAGCUGAUGAGGCAGCGGCUAAUGAAGCAGCUGCAUCAGCUCAAGCGAUCAAAGACGACUGCGAGAGUGAUCUUCAGGAAGCAAUUCCUGCACUUGAAGCUGCUCUUUCUGCCCUUGAUACUCUCAAACCGGCUGAUAUAACUGUGGUGAAGUCCAUGAAGAAUCCCCCAUCGGGUGUAAAACUUGUCCUUGAGGCAGUUUGUGUAAUCAAAGGUAUCAAACCGGACAGGAAAGGAGAUCCCACUGGAAAGAUUUCCGAGGAUUUCUGGGGACCAUCCCUUCGAAUGCUGGGUGAUAUGAAAUUUCUCGAAUCAUUGAAGACCUUCGACAAGGACAAUAUCCCCACGGCUGUAAUGAAGAGAGUCCGCGAAAGGUACAUCACCGAUAGAGAAUUCGUUCCGGAAAAGAUCAAAAAUGUCUCAAUGGCCUGCGAAGGACUCUGUCGAUGGGUUAGGGCUAUGGAAGUGUACGAUCGUGUGGCUAAAAUUGUUGCCCCCAAGAAGGUAGCCCUGGCUGGGGCUGAAAGUGAAUUAGCACAACAAAUGGAGAAAUUAAAUGCAAAGAGGGCAGAAUUGCAGGAAAUUCUGGAUAAAUUGCAAAAAUUAAAUGAUUUCUUCGCCGAAAAAUCCAGGGAGAAGAAAAAUCUUGAGGAUGAGAUUGAUAAUUGUGAGAAGAAAUUGGUCAGAGCUGAGAGACUUCUGGGUGGAUUGGGCGGUGAGAAGUCCAGAUGGUCAGAGAAUGCAGCUUCACUCCACAAAUCACUGGAUAAUGUUGUUGGGGAUGUUCUUCUAGCAGCUGGAGUUGUGGCCUACCUGGGAGCUUUUACAACUGAGUUCCGUGCUGGAAUAAUUAGGGAAUGGAAUGAACAGUGUGUUGCGCAAAACAUCCCGUGCACAAAAAUCUUUUCUCUCGCCGCUACUCUUGGGAAUCCCAUGCAGCAGCGUGCAUGGUCACUUUGUGGUCUUCCUUCGGAUACUUUUUCCGUGGAAAAUGGCAUAAUAGUGUCCAAAGCACGACGCUAUCCACUCAUGAUUGAUCCUCAGGGUCAGGCCAACAAAUGGAUUAAGAAUCUCGAGCGUGAUAGCGAUUUGCAGGUGAUCAAGCAAACGGAUUCAGAUUACAUGUCCGUAGCGGAAAAUGCCAUAAAGCAGGGCUUACCACUGCUCCUGGAGAAUGUGGGCGAGUACAUUGAUUCCGGACUCUUUCCCAUCCUCGAAAGGAAUGUCGUGAAGCAGAAGGGGGAGUAUUUUAUAAGAUUUGGUGAAGGAUUAAUUGAAUAUAAUUUCAAUUUUCGCUUCUACAUCACGACAUGCUUGAGGAAUCCCCACUACCUGCCGGAGACGGCAGUCCUCGUGACAAUUCUCAACUUUAUGAUAACCGAAGUGGGUCUUCGGGAGCAAUUGCUGGCAACUGUGGUGGUGCAGGAGCGUCCGGAUUUGCAGGAAAAGAAGGAAGUUUUGAUUGUUGAAUCGGCACGCAAUAGAGAUUUGUUGUACAACAUUGAGACGCAAAUUCUUCAAGUUCUCUCAUCAUCCGAGGGAAAUAUUCUCGAGGAUGAGAAUGCCAUUAAUAUCCUGUCAUCCAGUAAAGUUCUUUCGGAAGAAAUUCAGGCGAAGCAAGUAAUUGCCGUGGCCACUGAAGCUGAGAUUGAUCAAGCACGGCAACUCUACCUGCCUGUGGCCAAGCAUUCAUCCAUUCUCUUUUUCUGCAUCACAGAACUUGCAAACAUCGACCCCAUGUACCAGUACUCACUCACAUGGUUCCUAUCGCUCUUUGUCCAAGCCAUCAUCAAAGCACCCAAAUCCAAUGUUCUGGAGGAACGUCUUGAGAAUCUCAAUCAGUUUUUCACAACUUCCGUUUAUCAAAAUAUCUGCAGAUCCCUCUUUGAAAAGGAUAAACUCAUCUUUUCCUUUGUAAUCUGCAUUGGUAUCCUUCGUGCCAAGAAGCAAAUUGAUGAGCAACUCCUCGUGCAUUUUAUCUCGAGUGGGACGAAGAAGAAAAAUCCCGAUGAAAAUCCAGCUCCCAAAUGGUUGACUAACAAGGCAUGGGAUCAAAUUUAUGACAUCUCAACUCUUCAGCCCUUCACGAAUUUUCAGGAAAAUUUCACUGAAAAUUUGGAUAAGUGGAAGGAAUUUUUUGAACUGCCAGAACCCCACAAGAAUCCCCUUCCUUCGCCAUAUGAAUCCGUUGAUGAUGUGUCCAAAUUAAUCAUUCUCAAAGCACUCAGACCUGAUACAGUAAUUCCCGCCGUGAGAGUCUUUAUAAUUGCGCACCUCAAUGAGACUUUUGUCCAACCACCAUCCUUCGAAUUGAGCACUUCCUUUGCAGACAGCAGCCCCAAGACUCCAUUGAUCUUCCUCCUCAUCUCUGGAUCAGAUCCAAUGGAGGAUUUGCUUUCAUUUGCAAAGGAAAAGAAUAUGCAUGAGAAUAGGUGUCACACAAUAUCCCUGGGGCAGGGUCAGGGUCCAAAGGCAGGGCAGAUGAUAGAGGAAGCACAAAAAUCCGGACAUUGGGUUGUCCUGCAAAAUUGCCAUGUAGCCUCAUCGUGGAUGGAUACAUUGGAGAGAAUUUGUAUUAAUCUCGCGGAAGAUGAGAGCCUCCACCGGGAUUUCCGUCUCUGGUGUACAGCAUAUCCCUGCCCAGAUUUCCCCGUAUUCAUCCUGCAGAACAGCAUAAAAAUGACCAAUGAACCCCCGAAGAGGUUGAAGCUCAACAUGAAGAAGUGCUACAAAUCUGACCCCUUGGCCAGUGAUAAAUUCUUCACGGAGGCUUUCAGUGGGGAGAGCGAAAUGGAAAGAUUGUGGUUCCGAGGUGUCUUUGCCCUCGUCUAUUUUCACGCUAUUGUCCAGGAGCGACGGGAAUAUGGGCCACUGGGGUGGAAUGUUCCGUAUGAAUUCAAUGAGACUGACCUCAGAAUUUCCCUCAUGCAACUCAAGGCAUUUAUAAAAGAGUUCAAAAGGAUCCCCUUCAAGGGUCACAGGAAUCUCACGGGUGAAUGCAAUUACGGCGGCAGGGUGACUGAUGAUAAAGAUCGUCGUCUUCUCAUGUCCCUUCUUGAUCACAUCUACAAUGAGGAUUCCAUUGAGGUGGAAAAUUAUUCCUUAGCCCUUGCGAGUCAGUACACGGUGCCCGUUGAAGCGAACCGAGUCAAAGCUUUGGAACACAUUGGGACAUUUCCCUUUGUGGCACACCCAGAAGUCUUUGGGCUCCAUGAGAAUGCAAAUAUCGCCAAGAAUACCCGAGAGACGAAUGCUCUGCUAGCUGGAGUGUUUAUCACCCAAACGGAAUUACUUGCAGCCACGAGAAAGGAGGAUCUCUCAAAGGAGGACAGUCGGGAUUAUGUUCAGGACAUUUGUGAGGAUAUCCUUGGGCGACUUCCGGAUAUCAUUGACGAAAGGGUAGUAGCUGAGAAGUUCCCACGAAAUUACUCAAAUUCCCUCAAUGUUUUCCUGCAUCAGGAGGUGACAAAGUACAACAGAUUGCUGAAAUACAUCAAACGCUCCCUGAUUGACGUCCAGAGGGCAAUUGCAGGACAAAUUGCCCUCAUCCCGCAAUUAGAAUGUGUCCACUUUGCCAUGUCACAGGGGAAAUUACCAGCAGAUUGGACGACAUACAGCUACCCAUCUCUCAAGUCACUCGGUGCUUACAUCAGUGAUCUCACCGAUCGAGUGGAGUUCUUCCAGAAGUGGCUUGAAUUCGGUGAACCAAGCAUCUUCUGGUUUUCCGGACUCUUCUUCCCGCAAUCCCUCAUGACGGGCAUUUUGCAGAAUUUCUCACGGCGCACCAAAACGCCCCACAGCAUGAUCGAUAUGAUUUUCGACGUAAGCGCAUACGAAACGGAACAAGAUCUUGACUUUGAGGCAUUUAGAAAGAACAACUUGGAGAUAAACAGCGACUUCAAGUGCUUCGAUGGAAUUUUUCUCGAGGGAGGACGUUGGAAUCGUCUUACGCGUCUCAUUGAUGAAUCUCAUCCGAGAAUUCUCUAUGAUCGCCUGCCGAUUCUAGCUGUGAGAACCUUGGCGAGAUCCCUGAAGGAUAAGAGGCAUUUUAAGAAGCGUUUGAGGAGAUAUAAAUGCCCGGUUUAUAAAACCAGUGCACGAUUUGGGACAGUCCUUUCGACGGAGCACUCAAGCAAUUUUGUCAUGUACAUUGAUCUUGAUUGCAAGGAGAGUCCCACGCAUUGGAUCAACCGUGGGGUUGCUGGUCUCUGUCAAUUGGAUGAUUAAUCUCGUGAAAUCUUUUGAUACUUUUUUGCAUUCUUAGAACUAUUCAAUUCAUGAUGUUCUUGACAAAAUUUUCUCAAUUUCUUGUUAAUUUUCUCAUUGUCAAUCAUUUUUCUGCCUUUAAGAAUAUUUUUUCAAUCCAAGAAAAUUCUUAAAGAUCAAACUCCUGAAUAAUUUGAAAAGAAUGAACUGAAUACGAUUUAAACAUAAUUCACCUGCUAAUUUCUCGAGAAUUCAUGAGUAAUCCUUCCUCUUUAUGCUUAGCCAUUAAAUGGAAAAUUACACAUACACCUUGCAACACCACUUCGUCACAUAUUUUCCCUCUUAUCUGUAAUAACACAGAAUUCACUAGAUAUCAA